UUUAUUUUUGCGAUCAAACCGAGCAAUUAUUGAAAAUAAUGCGUGAUGCUGCCCUUGAAUUUUUGGCUAUAGAUUUGCAAAUUGCUAGAGAUCCCUUAAAUUUGGAUGAUUUUAAGCUUACAAGACUUGGUCUUUGCAGCAAGGAUGAACAAUUAACCUCAUUUGUCGAAUUUAAUGUCCAAAAAAGUCAUAUCAACAGUCUAGUACCAAUUCGAAGGCUUUUGUGUAUUAGUGAAUCGUGCAUUAUUGAAAGAGAUCCUUUAAGCUAUGCUGUUAUAUGUGCAAGGAAUUUAAAUACAUUAUCUUACAUUAUUCGUGAUUUGAAAGAUCCACAAAAAUUUCAUAUAAUUUAUUCAAAUGGUGAUGAACGUUUAUAUUCUUCAAAUGAUCGGUUGGAAAAAUUUUUUCUAAAAGAUGACAUUUUAUCCCAAAAUCGAAAAAAUAUUUUUUUAAAUUUUUCUAGUGAUUCUCUGUUAGCAGCAUUAAUAGAUGGGGCUAGAAGUUGUGGAAAUUAUCAAAUACAUGUAAUCUCUCCACAAAAAUAUAAAACAAUGAGAUUAGUUCCUUUUGGAUUUUGUUUGGAUGAAGAGGCUGAACAACACUUGCUUAAACUUAUUUUACAAAUUCCUCCUGGACUUAAACGCAUUGAUAUGAUUCGUCGAUUUAAUGCAAAUGUCCCAUAUAAUGGAUUGAGUUAUUCUGCCCCUUCAGAAGGUUUCUUCUCCGAUAGCAAGGGUAAAACAAUUAUUUCUUGUUUGGAAGCUGUUAUAUUAGAACAAUAUGAAGUUAGUAAAAUUGAUCAACACGAAAUUAGUAUACAAAUAGAAGCACAAUUGUCCUGUCUUCACAGACUUUUUGCAGCAAAAGCAGGAUUUCAGGCUUUUACAACAGUUGAAGGAAUACGUGAACGUCUUGGAACACUUGUUGUUUCAGUUUUAAAACGCAAAGAAGAACAUGUAGAUUAUGCUUGUGUUGAAAUGCUUUGUACACUUUUACAACCUAGACAUGCAAAUUAUGAGCUUAGAAUUGAACAAUUAAAUAAACAGGCACUUUUAUCCAAUAAAUUGUUUUUGGAACAUUUGCUUCAAUUGAUUGUCAAUAAUGUUACAAAAAAGACAGGUGCCCUUGUAAUUGCUUCAUUACUCGAUUUCCUUGCAUUCACGGUGUGUGCUCCUUACAGCGAAACAACGCCUGGAGAUGUUUUUGAUACAAUUCUGGAAAUGGUUGCACAACGUGGAAGAAUUUUCUAUAAGCUUUUUCAUCACCCUUCGUUAACUAUUGUGAAAGGAGCUGGGAUGGUAAUGAGAGCUAUUAUUGAAGAAUCUUCUAGAGAGCCUCGCGCCUUGUUGGAUUAUUUGGAUUCUAAAGACCCUCCUCCUUCUAUACCAGAUGAAAAGGAUUUGUUAACUGUCCGAAAUAAUUUGGAAAUGGCUGAAAAUUGUGAGAGGGACAAACCUUUUGCGCAAAUUCAGGAUCAACUUAAAAGUGUUCAAAUAACUUUAGAAGCUCGUUUAGACACUUUAUUACAACAUUGGAAUUUGGAACAAAAACUUACUUUUUUACAAAAUCACCGUGUUAGGGAAGAACAACAAAAGGCAACACAACGCCCUGUUGUGUUGAGAAAGAGAAGAAGACAAGUUAAGGCUACUGCAAAUUGGAAAAGUUUUUGGGUGAGUAGCUGGGUGGGUAUAAAGAUACUGUGGGUUUGGUUACGCUGGGGGAGCGUUUGGUUACAUUACUGUUAUGUUUUGGUUGUUUGGGGGCGCGUCCAGGGACGCGCGUGGAAAGCCUGCGGCUUUAAAAAGACGCUAGAUUUGUUUUUUGCUUGGAGAUGUACGUUAGAUGUAUUUAUAUUCGUUUAGAGCAUCUUCUAAUAGUUAAAAUAAUAUAUACUUUAUUGGGGUUCCACUUGAGUCUGAGUGAGAUAGGGGUCAAAAGUUGUAAAAAUUGGUCUCGGACUGACGUGGUUUUGAGACUCUAAUUGCUCGGGUUUGAGACUCUAAUUGCUCGGGUUUGAGACUCUAAUUGCAGAAUUUUUUGGACAAGGGAUUCGUGCUCAGCGUGUGUGUUUAUACUAUAAAACACAUUUCUGAGUCAAAAUUCAAAAAUUUUGUACCCCAGAUUUUUUCCAAAGUGGUACCCCUUAUGAAAAUUAUUUGGAAAUUUUUAAAUGGACACAACUUUGGAAGGGAUAAAGAUUUUCUGGUCGGGUUUGUU